UCCCUUAGGGAGGUGGGGAGGGGGGAGUGCAGGUUUAAGAUGCCAUAACAGCUAAUCAGUGACAGGUGAGCUCCCCCUUUAGACGCAGACACUCAACAGAGGAGAGUCGGACAAUGGCCACGUACACGCCAAGGGUGAUCUCCCUGGCCAAGAGGCCUGGUCAGACAUUUGGCUUCUUUCUGAGGGUGGAGCAAAGUAAGGAGGGCCACCUGAUUCGCUGCCUGGAAAUGGGAGGUCCAGCUGAACUGGCUGGUAUGAAAGAUGGAGACCGCAUCCUUCGGGUCAAUGGAAAAUUUGUCGAUGGGCUUACCCAUUCAGAGGUGGUGGAGCUGGUGAGAAACAGUGGAGCAUCUGUCACAUUCCACAUUCUGGAUGAAUCGUCUUACAAUCAAGCAAAAACACUCGGAGUGAACCUCUCCGACCCUCAAAGCUCACCCAUUGCCAACGGAUUGGCUAAAGAAGAUUGGAAGCCCAAACUCUGCUACCUGGUCAAAUCUAAGUCAGGAUUUGGGUUUUCCAUUAGCUCAUUUAAAGGAGAGGAGGGUCUGUUCAUGACUGAGGUGAUUCGGGGGGGUGUGGCGGACAAAGCAGGAGUUCGUGCCAAAGAUCGUCUAAUUGAAAUCAAUGGUGAGAACGUUGAAAAAUGCACCCACGAGGAAGCAGUGAACAAGAUAAAACAGGGGGGCAACAGCGUGAUGUUUCUGCUGGUUGAUGAGGAAACCGACAAAUUCCAUCAGAGCAAACAAGCAAAAUUAGGUUCGUGGAGAGCAACAGUCAAGUAUCUUCCUCUCCAUCCACGCAUCGUCAAAAUGACCAAAGGAUCAGAUGGAUAUGGCUUCCUGCUCAGAGAGGAGCCCAACCAAGCAGGACACUUCAUGAAGGAAGUAGAUAAAGGCAGUCCAGCGGAAAAAGGUGGUCUGAUGGAGAAUGACGUAGUUGUCGCUGUGAAUGGCAAAGAGGUGGACGGCUACAGUCAUGAGCAAGUGGUGGACUGGAUCAAGCAAAGUGGAGACAAAUGCUGCCUCCUUGUGGUGGACAAAGAAACACAGCAAAUGUAUAAGAAGGGAAAAAUAUCUCCUAUGCUCUUCUGGGAGGAAAAGAAAGACUCCAACUUACCACCAAGUUACACAGAAGCUUUAAAAAUGCCUGUUUCUGCUCAACCAUCCACAUCUGUUCAAGAGACGAUAGAAGACCUUCGACCAAAGCUGUGUAGGAUGGAGAAGACCUCUUCUGGUUUUGGCUUUCACCUAAACGGCAUCGAGGGUGUGUGUGGUCAGUACAUCAAGGAGGUGGUGAAAGGUGGACCAGCAGACAAGGCCGGUCUGGGAGACGAUGAUGUAGUGGUGGAGGUAAACGGGGUAAAUGUGGAAAAGAGCUCUCAUGCAGAAGUCGUGGAAAUGAUACGCAGAGGAGGCAACACUCUGGAGAUGUUGGUGGCCAGCAAGAAUGUCUAUAAACAGCUCAAGGACAAAGGCAUGACGAUCACACCACGGCUAGUCGGGGAAGGUCCCAGCAGUCAAGUCCACGUGUCAAACAGUCCAGAAACAAGCAAGAAGACACGGGAGGAGGCCAGGCCUGUGACCCCACCUAAGGCAGAAAAACAGAGGUCUACAUCUGUGUCAUCCUCUUCAUCUGAUGAAAGUCUCGACGAGAGAUUUUGAGGAACACUUGAAACACUCCCAAUUAGGCCUAAUCGGAUGUUAAUUUUAUUAAAACCAAAAUGCUCAAUGAGCUUUUGAUAUCCUGCUUAGAUUAAAACUGUAAAAAAUGAGUAAAAACUAGAAAAAAGACAGUAAAGACUGUAAAAAUCUGAUCCAUAGCAGAAGUUUCAUGAGAUGAUUACAAAAAAUGACAUUUUUUUAAAGCUUGUGAUCAGAAAUCUUUUGCUUGUCGAUCAAAUUUAAGCAUCAAAGUCUUUCUUACAGCAGAGGAAACCAAUAAUUCAGGAUGUUUUUAACAAUUAAGAGUGGUCUUUUUAUUCUCUUUAUGCUCUCUGCUGUUUUUAUUUAAUGUUGAAACAGAAAUGCUGCUCACAUUUAGAAACCAGAAAUAAAAUUUAUUAAAACAAAUCAAAGAAAACAUA